UAAUGCGUUACAAUUGGGGGCCUUUUCGUCUUUAGGAGUUGGGAUAAGGGUCGGUUCGGUUCGGGUCGGGCACUGAGCAUAGGAUCUAGUUUGUUUCCGAGAUAAUCGGAUAAGAUAAUUCACAUAUGGUGGCGGGACUAACAGGAAGAAGCAUCCCAAUUCCCUCCUCAAUGGCAACGGCUAUGUCUGCCAUUUUUGUUCCUCCUUCUUCACUCGCUUCCUCCAAUACACGAAAAAUAAAUCUAACUUCAUUGAACGAAAAACUAUUCACACCUCAAAAUUUCCCAUUCCGAACUCCCAAGUACCAUUCUAGUCGGUCCAAAUCACCGUCAUGCUCCGGUCCCAACGGCACAGUUAUCCAAGUUGAUCGGAAUACAAGCGAACUACCAAUAAGCGUCGACGCUCUUCACCGUUUCAUUCACCUCAAUUUAGGCAACUGGACCGGCUCUUUCCAUCAAUUUGAUGGUAAUGGCAAUUUGAUGCAUAAGAUAACAACGAAGCUUGCCGCGAGCUCUUAUGGUGAAGGUGAACUGAUGAGUUUAUUGCAAACGUUAUACAUCAAACAACCUCCUUUUUCUGGUAAUGACGAUGAACCAGAGUGGUUUGAAUACAAAAUCAAAGAGACCAACAUGUUUACUGUGGACAAAUAUCAACAGAUUGGCUUCUUCCCCAAGGAGAAGGCAUACGCACUAAGAUAUCAGACUGCUGGCAUGUUAGAGACUGUGUUAAGACAGGGAGUGCUAGGUGAAGAUGAUAUUGGAGAAGAAUCACCAAGAAAUCUGAAGCUUCCCUCUAAACGGCCUUCUAUUGUAUGUGAAAAUUGUCUUUAUUCGCUGGAGAAAGAUAGGCGAGUGAGAGCAUUUCAUAUUAUGGACCCAAAGGGGAUACUGGAAAUGAUUCUAGUUUUCCUUGAAGAAAGAGGCAACGGAGAUACCAUUCCUCCCCUCUUUGACAAUUUCAAGGAGGAUUCUAAAAGGAUUAUGCCUCAUCUGGGAACUUGGAAAGGUCAUUCACGAACAACGCGCACUGGUGUUUAUGGAUCAACAAUUACUGAAGCAGAUACUACUGCUACUCUUGAAAUGAACAAGGACGGCCAGCUAGUUCAGGAUAUCACGUCUACUUCUUCUGCGAGUAAUAUUACAACAAAUGUACAUUGGACCGGUACCAUAUCCCAAAACCUAGUGACUUUUGAUGGUGGUUACCAGCUUACUUUGUUGCCUGGGGGCAUUUACAUGGGUUACCCAUCGGAUGUUGCCAAGAAUGUGCAAGAAUCAACAGCAUUUCAUCUUGAGUUUUGUUGGCUUGAAUCGCCGGGUAAGAGACAAAGACUUAUUCGCACUUACGAUGUAGAGGGCCUGGCUGUUUCAUCUACAUAUAUCAUCGAGUCCAAAGUCUGAGUUGAUUCUCUUGAUUCAAAGAGAGCUGCUUCAGGCACCAAAUUUUACUCCUGCGCGAAUCAUUUUUCCCGAGUACAAUCACCAUUGUUGUGUCAAUUGCAUCUUUCUUUAUAUAGAAGAUCCAACAGAACAUACAAUAGUUGUAUCAAUUGUACCCUAUUUGUACAAUAUAAAGAAAACUCAAUUGUCUCCUUGUGAAUGAACGAGUCAUGGCCUUGUUCACGGAACUUGGAAAGUUGUGCUCGAUAUUUUUUUGA